GGGAGAGAGACCAAGGGUGAGAAGAAAUGUCCAACGCCAGCCUCCUGACAGCGUUCAUCCUCACGGGCCUUCCCCAUGCCCCAGGGCUGGACGCCCCACUCUUUGGAAUCUUCCUGGUGGUUUACGUGCUCACUGUGCUGGGGAACCUCCUCAUCCUGCUGGUGAUCAGGGUGGAUGCUCACCUCCACACCCCCAUGUACUACUUCCUCACCAACCUGUCCUUUAUUGACAUGUGGUUCUCCACUGUCACGGUGCCCAAAAUGCUGAUGACCUUGGUGUCCCCAAGCGGCAGGACUAUCUCCUUCCACAGCUGCGUGGCUCAGCUCUAUUUUUUCCACUUCCUGGGGAGCACCGAGUGUUUCCUCUACACAGUCAUGUCCUGUGAUCGCUACUUGGCCAUCAGUUACCCGCUCAGGUACACCAACAUGAUGAGUGGGAGCAGGUGUGCCCUCCUGGCCACCGGCACUUGGCUCAGUGGCUCUCUGCACUCUGCUAUCCAGACCAUAUUGACUUUCCAUUUGCCCUACUGUGGACCCAACCAGAUCCAGCACUACUUCUGUGACGCACCGCCCAUCCUGAAACUGGCCUGUGCAGACACCUCAGCCAACGAGAUGGUCAUCUUUGUGGACAUUGGCGUAGUGGCCUCGGGCUGCUUUCUCCUUAUAGUGCUAUCUUAUGUGUCCAUCGUCUGUUCCAUCCUGCGGAUCCGCACCUCAGAGGGGAGGCGCAGAGCCUUUCAGACCUGUGCCUCCCACUGUAUUGUGGUCCUUUGCUUUUUUGUUCCGUGUGUUUUCAUUUACCUGAGACCAGGCUCCAGGGACGUUGUGGAUGGAGUUGUGGCCAUUUUCUACACUGUGCUGACACCCCUUCUCAACCCUGUUGUGUACACCCUGAGAAACAAGGAGGUGAAGAAAGCUGUGUUGAAACUGAGAGACAAAGUAGCACAUUCUCAGGGAGAAUAAAUACUAGGAAGUAGAUACGCUAGUUUGUUUAAAAAUAGUAAUAUAAUUUAGUUAUUCACAUGAAAUUGAUUAUAUGUAUAAUUCUCAGUGUUAAACAUUAUUCCAAAACACCUGCACAGUUAUAAUUCUUCCACAGAUUGUCUAAGACAGUUUUAACCUCACAGCUAGACUUAUGUGUAUGAGGAACAUGCUUAUAUUCUGAUUUAUUGAUUCAUUUCUCAUCAAUAGGUUCAUAUUAAUUUAAAAAAAUAUUUUCAUCGAAUCUCCGGGAUAGAUGGUUGACUCCUUCAUGUUUACAACUUGAUAAAAAGUUUUGUGUUUUGUUUGAUUUUUUUUGCACACAAACUUAACAAUUUACCAUUAUGGAGACAUUGUUCAAAAAUAGCAACAAAUAUUUGAGGUCAUUUUUCUAAUUGUGGCUGUAGCUGUUCAAAUUUCUUUUUGGUUUUAAUGUAUCUGUAUAUUUGUAUGUGUAUAUACAAAUCCAAACGUGUAUACAAAAGAAAGUCUGUAACAUUUAGCAUAUUUAACAUAUAGGUUUUCAUCAUGUAUGUAUAUGUAUCUGUCUAUUUACAUACAUGUAUUGGAAAACAUUUCUAGAAACACUAUUUUUAAUGGGCAAAAAUGGCAAGCUAUUAAUAUUUAAAUGUUAUCAAUGAAUCAAAUAGAAAUUGUGUAUUCACAGAAUAGAUUACUAUCCAGCAAUGAUAAUGUACGAUCUACAGCUACAUAUAUAAUAGUUUAUGCACUUAUCACAUGCGCCUAUUUUAUUAUGUUUGUUAAGAUUCAAUAUAAAACAUUAAAUCUCUUAAAU